AUGGUUGACCUCAAAUUGACGGAACCCACAGUCCCAGUCUGGCUGGACUGCGACCCGGGCCACGAUGACACAUUCGCCAUCCUCCUCGCCGCCUACCACCCCACAAUCAAGCUACUGGGCCUUUCAACCGUCUUCGGCAACGCCCCCCUAGAAAAGACAACCGCCAACGCUUCGUCCAUCCUCACGGCGAUCGGCAAGCACAAUGACAUCCCCGUCUACGUCGGCGCCGCCAAGCCCAUGGCCCGGCCGCCCAUGCAAGCCGCCACCGACAUACACGGCGAAUCCGGCCUCGACGGCACCGACCUCCUCCCGCAGCCCCUGAAGGCUGCCGACCGCACCACCCCGGCCAUCGACGCCAUGGCCGCCGCCCUCUCCGCCCAGGCGCCCGGCACCGCCUGGCUCGUUGCCACAGGCUCCCUGACCAACGUCGCGCAGCUCUUCGCAAAGUACCCGGACCUCGUCGCCCACAUCAGGGGGCUAAGCAUCAUGGGCGGCGCCAUCGGCGACGGCUUCACGGACAUCGUCAUGGGCAAGGUCGACGGCGUCGCGCGCGUCGGCAACUGGACGCCCUGGGCCGAGUUCAACAUCAUCAUCGACCCGGAGGCCGCCGCCGCUGUGUUCCACAACAAGGCCCUCGCGGCCAAGACGACCCUCGUGCCCCUCGACCUGUCGCACCAGGUCCUCGCCACGGAGGAGGUGAGGGAGCUGCUGCUGUACGGGAAGGACGCCGCCGGCGAGAAGACGGGUAAGGGCAAGACCACGCUGCGGCAGAUGCUGGUCGAGCUUCUUAUGUUCUUUGCCAAGACGUAUAGCGACGUCUUCGGCAUCACCGCCGGCCCGCCCCUCCACGACCCCCUUGCCGUGGCCGCCGUCCUCACGGGCACCAAGCACGAGAUCCCCUUCUACGACUUCGACACCAAGAAGGGCAACUGCGUCAAGUACCACGAGCGCUUCGACCUGACCGUCAUCACGGAGGGAUCUCUUGAGGAUGCGAAGGAGGGCAAGGCGCAGCUGGGCAGGACGGUCGCGAAGCUGCUGGAGCCGGGCAGCGAGGGCGUCAGGAUACCCCGCGGUCUCGACAUUCCCAUGUUCUGGAAGGUCAUUGAGGAGUGUACGGAGCGGGCGGAUCGGGUCAAUGCCGGUGAGGUGACGGGGUUGAAGGAGAAUGGUCCUCUGGAGAACUAA